GAGGGGUGGUCGCUUCCAGGAGAGAGGGGGUUUUCUGUUGUUUCUCGUCGCCUGAAUUGUCAAAUAAUACGUGACGGCGGCGGGCAGAAAAACACAAAAAUUAAAAAAUAAAGCAUCAGGAGACAUGAUGCUCGCUCCCGCAGAGCAGCUCCCGUCGGGCCUGUGAGUGUCGGCAGGUUUCUCACCGCCGUCUCUCCCUCCGGGAGGCUUUCUGCUGUCCGAGUCCGUCCUGAGCCGAGACACACCGCCAGGCGAUGACAGCGGCCACAGCCACUCCGCAGGUGAUGAGAGACCAGCUGCUGCAGGCCAUCGACGGCCAGAGCAAUCAGAUAUGCAACAUGGUGAUGGUUAUGGAGGUGAUCUCUUAUUUAGAGAAAUAUCCUAUCACCAAAGAGGCACUGGAGGAAACCCGUCUUGGCAAACUCAUCAACGAUGUCCGGAAGAAAACCAAGAAUGAGGACCUUGCAAAAAGGGCCAAGAAGCUCCUGCGAAACUGGCAGAAGUUAAUUGAGCCGGGGAAGAGUGAGGUGUUGUCCAGAGGACACACCGGUGCAUCAUGGUCUUCCAACGGUGGUGCUCAUUCCUGCAUCUCUGCUCCAGCUGCCAUGACACCAUCAGGUAAAACAGGUCCAGAGUUGAAGAACAGAAAUGACUUCAACAACUGUUACUCCCCUAAGGUGGAGAAGCAGAGCAACAGGAAACGUAAGGGCGACCAGAAGGAGGGACAGCUCUUACCAGCCAAGAUAACCAAAACAACUCUUAAUGAUAAAAUACAGAAUUCCAAACAGCUGCCAACCAAUGGAAUUGGCGGCAGCUCUGACAUUUUUACAGAUAGUCGUGCACAUCAGCCUUUAGAAAAGGAGAUUUCUGAGCCUGUGGACAAUGACAGACUGAAUAAAAUCCCUGUCAACGCUGUAAAACCUCAUCCAAGUGCCCCGGGAAACAGCAAGCCAUCUAGCACUUCUUCAUUGAUAAAAACAUCAGUUCUGCAGCAGCAAGCCAGACCGGAGCAAGCUGCCUCUGGGGGGCAGUGUCGACCCAGAAGCCCUCGAGGUUCCAUGCACAGUCCUCAAACUCCAAAGCAGGAAGCUGUUGUCAAACAAAAUGCACCACAAGCACAGAGUAUUUCUAGUUCCACUGUGAGGCCCGGGUCUGUGGACACCUCCGGGCUGGGGCCUUCUUCUCAGCCUUUAAAUGUUUGUGUUCAGGGUUUGCACACUGACAGUUCGUGGUCUACAGAUUUGGACUCUCAAAGCAGGCCUCCUAAUGCGCCUCUUAGCAACUCAAAUGCCUCCUCCUGCAGUGAUGGGGUCAGUUUGGAAGAUGAUGGUGUGUUUAACAGUACAGAGAAAAGGAAAAGACAGAAAUACAGGCCUAAGGACUAUGUGGUAAAUUUAGACAGACAGACUGUAGAUGACGGUACUAAACCUGUCAGGUUAAAAGACAGGAGAUUGACAUUUAACCCUGUAACAGGGCAGAUCAAAUCCUCCUUCCAUAAGGAGUCUUCCCAGGAGGAGGAGGUCAGGGUGGACCACAGACCUGAACCUCAGUUGUCAGAACAGCCGAAGCAGAAUCCGCAGAUUCAGAUUCCUCCCAGUCCCUUCCAGCAGACCGACUGGAAAGAGCUGUCGAGGAGCGAGAUCAUCCAGUCGUACCUUAGCCAGCAAAGCAACGUGCUGACAUCAUCAGGGGCCAACACUCCCGGUGCACACUUUUUCAUGACAGAGUACAUGAAAAAAGAUGAACACCGAAGUAAAGAAGACAAGAAUAAAGUCGUACUGGCAUUAGAGCUGCCAGCCAGGGUUUUACCGGGGGUUGAAAGAGAGGUCAACAAGGAAGACCUGGACAGAUUACACACACAGCACUGGUCUGGGGUUAAUGGUUGCCAUGACACGAAGGGUAAUUGGUACGACUGGACACAGUGCAUCUCCUUAGACCCACAUGGAGACGAGAGCAGGUUGAACAUAUUGCCGUAUGUCUGUCUGGAUUGAAACUGAGGUCUAGUCUAGUGUCUGAAUAGGAAGGUGUAAGUUCCCUUCAGCGUGCAGCGGAGCAGCUCUGAGUGUAUGAAGACACUUCAUCAGAGUGUGAACUACUGUUUUGCACUGUUGUUGAAAAUGGAAUUAAUGCGUUGGUAUGUGUGGAGGGCAGAGGCCAAAAUCAGUGUUUUCAGAGUUUUUGAACCUUGUGUGAGGACAGUGUGAAGGAGAAAGGCUAUGCAUUUAUCUGCCAGAUAAGUUAUUGAUGCUCAGUAAGUUAACAAUUGAGUUUUCCAGGCAGACAAAAGACCAGCUCCAACACCUGCCAUCCUUUUGUAUGGGAGAGAAAAUCACACCAUACUGCACAGCCACAUGUUUAAUCUUAUGUUAAAUUGCUUAUCAAUAAGCACAUGCCUCGUGGGAAUGUGACUUAAUUGACUGUUCCCACAUUAAGAUGAAAUUUCAAUCAAAAUGUAUGACUCUGUUAACCUGCAUCAUCUUUAAAUAGAGUAGUAAGAUACAUAAUCACAAUGAGGUUGUGUAUCAACAUGCUGAAAUCCAGAAAAAGGUCAUAGAAGAAGCUGAAAUUAAGCAGCUAUCCUCAUCACUAUUUCCAUUGACAAACAAUUCUAUCAAAGGGUAGGUUCAUUUUUUCCCCCAAGUGUAUCUUAAUACAAUACUCACAUGUCUAGAUGUAGCUGUAAUUGUUCCUUCUGUCCAUACUGGCCGCCAAGAAAUCCUCCUAUUCACAAUUACAGAGAAGAGAUGAGCAACAGAAUGCACAGUUCUCAUUCAGUGCAGAAAUACAUUAGUAGCUUGCAUGUUCAGCUGAUUUCCUAAAUUCCCCCGUUUGUGUCUUUGUGAAUGGUGUUUUGCUGCUGAGGUGUGGUGGAGGGAUUGAAACACAUUUUGUACUAAAAGGUCUAACUUAGCACACUCACUUCACUGGUCUCUUCAUUGGAAGCAUGUUAGGAAGGUGUCUUGUCACUGCCAGUAUGUACACUAUAAAAACGGUUUCAGGCAUGUGAGAAUUGCUUUAAAACAGACAUGAACCUAUCUGUCACUCCCUCUUUUAGAGCCGCUGUUCCAAUAUUGCACGACUGCCUCACAUGUGACUUUUAGCAGAAAUAAUAAAAGACAAAUCCGUUUUAAAACGGUAGAUUUUUUUUUCUUGUGUUGUGAGGUUUCAUUUCUGUUAAGUGAAGUGACAUGAAACUGACGGAUGUGACUGCAGUUUGAGGUGAGUGAUAGAGAAGCUUGUGUAGGGCUACGAGAAGGGUGGCUGUCAUGUAUAUUUAUUCACAUUUACACAUUCUUUUUAAGAGUCACAUACAUGUUCUAACUACACUAAAUCGUUUUUUCUCUGUUCAGAAUCAAUCAGAUAUGCAGUGGCGACAUUCCAAACUUUCCCUGCUGAUACACCAACCUACCUUACACAGGACAACUCUCCAAAAUUACACAUUUUGAUAAUGUGAACUGGUUUUAUUUUAUACUUGCCUUUUCUUUUUACUGUGUAUUUAGGUUGUAAAAUAUAAAUUUAAGAUGGCAAAGCAGACUAUGCUACUAGGUUGCAUCUUUGUACCGUCAGGAAGAACUGAAAUAUAAAUUGACAUGCUGGAUAAAGUACUUAAUAUCAUUCCUUUAGAUAUUGUUUGCCUUACGGAAACCUGU